AUGUCUUCAGUUUAACAUUAUUUGUUGAGAAGGUCUAUUACAGUAAACAAAAAUGGCAAUAUCUUUACGACUUAACAUGAGUUUGAUUAAUAAAGGCUAUAUAGAAAUGGAAAGAUAGUUCCUUACUAUAUAAUUGGUAACCCUGAAAUUAUGGAUAAAUAAUUAACUAUUGCUUCACAAACAGAAGAUUCACAAACAAAUACAAAAACCAAAACUCUAUUUCAUAAAGAACACAAACCGAAGGUUGCAUAAAAACCAAAAAAUAGGGUUCUAGAAGGGGAUGAAUUCAUUAAACUUGACAUGGAGUUUAGCUAAGUAGAGGAUGAAAUUCAAUAAUUGUAAAUCUAGUAAAAAAAAGGUCAAAUUAAUCUCCCCUCUUCACACUUUGGUCAAGCUGAUAGAGCUGCAGCUGAGAAAGACAAUAGAAUUAUGAAAUCUUUUGAAUAACAAUAAAAAAGUUGGGACAAAAGAGUGAUAUAAUCAGCAUAAAGAUGCAAAAGGCAAGUUUCUGAAUCUAUUUACAAUAAAAUAUAAGGAGAAAGAGAAAAAAAUGAGGAUCGCAAAUUGUUAGAUUUAAUCUAAACGGACGCUGAAAGGCAUGGUCAUAAAUUGUGGGAAAGAUAAUUAAGAUCAACUUCAGAAGUACUUGAAACCAACCAAAAAAUACAAGCCCAAGGAUUAGAAAUCAUAAAAUCAAUGAAUAGUUCUGGUAUUUAUAAGAGGCCCAAGAGUUUUGUUAAAAGAUUUUAAGAAAGAUAGGAUAAAGUGAAUGAAUUAACUGCAAGAGGAAAUUAAAUUUAAAAUUUAUAAGUAGAAGGAUUAAAUUAGUUAGCUCGAGAAGCAUCAAGCCUCAAUAAAAUUAUCAAAGAUCAAAAGGAAAUUUAUUAAAAUAUAUUGAAAAAUAAUUCAUCAGUUGAAUAAAUCUCUCAUCGGAAGAAAUAUAAAGCCCCUUUUAAAAAAUUAGUUCCUGUAGAAAAGUAAAACUCCUCAUAAGAUAUUAUUUCAAUUAAUUAUGAUAAAAAGACUUUGGGAUAAUAAGGAAAAUUGGAAAUUUAUAAAUAAUUUUUCUGA